AGGGCGCAGCCGGAGCGGCGGAGGCUCCAGCCAUAAACAAGCGCCCGGAGGAGCGGCGCGGGAGAGAGGCGAGCCGGGCACACGGAGCGGACGCCACGGACCUUCUGCCGUGCUACCGCGCCCACUCGGCGGCUCGGGAGGCGGGGACCGGCCGGGAGGCUGCGCUGCUGCCGUCGUCGUCGUCGUCGCCGCCGUCGUCGUCUUGACCGGGCGAGCAGGAGCAGAGCGGAGGACCCGCAGGAGCCAGCAGCAGCUCUGCUCCGGAGCGGAGCGCAGGCAGCCGCCGCCGCCGCCACCGCCGCCGCCACCGCCGCCGCCAGAAGUUUGGGUUGAACCGGAGCUGCCGCGAGGAAAACUUUUUUCCCCCCCUCUUUUCCCCCUCCCGCCCGGGAGGAGACGAAGGAGGAGGAGGAGGGGAAGCCACCCGCCACCGCUGCCGCUGGCGCCAACGCUCGUGGGCUCCGGGUCGGCGCGGCCGGUAGGGGCGGCGGGGGCCUCGCCCCGCGAGGGGAGGAGCACCCCGGGGGCCCCUCGGAGGGCACGAGGGCCGCGGGCUGCGGGUGCGGCGGCGGCGGCGGCGCGUGUGCCCCGCGCAGGGGAGGGCGCCCGCCCCGCUCCCGGCCCGGCUGCGAGGAGGAGGAGGCGGCGGCGCAGGAGGAUGUACUUGGUGGCGGGGGGCAGGGGGCUGGCCGGCUGCGGGCACCUCUCGGUCUCGCUGCUGGGGCUGCUGCUGCUGCUGGCGCGCUCAGGCACCCGGGCGCUGGUCUGCCUGCCCUGUGACGAGUCCAAGUGCGAGGAGCCUCGGAGCUGCCCCGGGAGCAUCGUGCAGGGCGUCUGCGGCUGCUGCUACAUGUGUGCCCGCCAGAGGAACGAGAGCUGCGGCGGAGCCUACGGGCUCCACGGAGCCUGCGACCGGGGGCUGCGCUGUGUCAUCCGCCCCCCGCUCAAUGGCGACUCCAUCACCGAGUACGAAGUGGGCGUCUGCGAAGAUGAGGACUGGGAUGAUGACCAGCUGCUUGGUUUUGAACCAUGCAAUGAAAAUCUCAUCUCGGGCUGCAAUAUCAUCAACGGGAAGUGUGAAUGUGACACCAUCCGAACCUGCAACAAUCCCUUUGAGUUUCCAAGGAAGGAUAUGUGCCUUUCAGCUUUAAAAAGGAUUGAAGAAGAGAAGCCAGAUUGCUCCAAGGCCCGCUGUGAAGUCCAGUUCUCUCCACGCUGCCCUGAAGAUUCCGUACUGAUCGAGGGCUAUGCUCCUCCGGGGGAGUGUUGUCCCUUACCCAGCCGCUGCGUGUGUGACCCUGCGGGCUGUCUGCGCAAAGUCUGCCAGCCGGGAUACCUGAACAUUCUAGUGUCCAAAGCCUCAGGGAAGCCGGGAGAGUGUUGUGACCUCUAUGAGUGCAAACCAGUUUUCAGCGUGGACUGCAGCACCGUGGAGUGCCCCCCUGUCCAGCAGGCCGUGUGCCCCCUGGACAGCUACGAAACUCAAGUGCGGCUCACAGCGGAUGGCUGCUGUACCCUGCCGGCAAGAUGCGAGUGUCUCUCUGACUUAUGUGGUUUCCCCGUUUGUGAGGUGGGAUCUACUCCCCGCAUAGUCUCUCGUGGAGAUGGGACACCUGGAAAGUGCUGUGAUGUCUUUGAAUGUGUUAAUGAAACUAAGCCAGCCUGCGUAUUCAACAGCGUGGAGUAUUACGACGGCGACAUGUUUCGAAUGGACAACUGUCGAUUCUGUCGAUGCCAAGGGGGCGUCUCCAUCUGCUUCACUGCUCAGUGUGGGGAGUUGAAUUGUGAACGAUACUAUGUGCCUGAAGGGGAGUGCUGCCCUGUGUGUGAAGAUCCCAUCUAUCCUUACAACAACCCGGCUGGCUGCUAUGCCAAUGGCCAGAUCCGUGCCCACGGGGACCGGUGGCGGGAAGAUGACUGUACCUUCUGCCAGUGCAUCAACGGAGAACCUCACUGCGUGGCCACAGCCUGUGGGCAGAGCUGCAUGCACCCGGUGAAGGUGCCCGGGGAGUGUUGCCCCGUGUGUGAAGAACCAACCUACAUCACAAUUGAUCCGCCCGCGUGUGGGGAGUUAUCAAACUGCACCCUGAGAGAGAAGGACUGUAUUUAUGGCCUCAAACUGGAUCACAAUGGCUGUCGAACCUGUCAGUGCAAAAACAGGGAGGAGCUGUGCUUAGGCCUUAAACGGGGCUGCACAUUGGACUGUCCCUUUGGUCUCCUCACCGACGCCCACAACUGUGAGGUCUGUCAAUGCCGCCCACGCCCCAAGAAGUGCAAGCCCACAGUAUGCGACAAGUUUUGCCCGCUUGGAUUCCUGAAGAAUAAGCAUGGCUGUGACAUCUGUCGCUGUAAGAAAUGUCCAGAGCUGCUGUGCAGUAAGACCUGCCCCUUGGGCUUCCAGCAGGAUAGUCAUGGUUGUCUUAUCUGCAAGUGCAGAGAGGUCCCUCCUUCAGCCGGGCCACCAGUCCUGUCAGGCACGUGUCUGUCCAUGGAUGGCCGUCAUCAUAAAAAUGAGGAAAGCUGGCAUGACGGGUGCCGGGAUUGCUACUGCCACACUGGAAGGGAGAUGUGUGCCCUGAUCACUUGCCCAGUACCCGCCUGUGGCAAACCCACCAUUCGCCCCGGACAGUGCUGCCCGUCAUGUGCAGAUGACUUGGUAGUGCAGAAGCCAGAGCUGAGCACUCCUACCAUCUGCCACGCACCCGGAGGAGAGUACUUCGUGGAAGGGGAGACGUGGAACAUCGACUCGUGUACGCAGUGCACCUGCCACAGCGGCCGGGUGCUGUGCGAGACCGAGGUGUGCCCACCGCUGCUCUGCCAGAGCCCCUCACGCACCCAGGACUCCUGCUGCCCUCAGUGCACAGAUGAGCCUCUUCAGCCUUCCACAACCCAUAAUGAGAGUGUGCCUAGUUACUGCAAAAAUGAUGAAGGGGAUAUAUUCCUGGCCGCUGAGUCCUGGAAGCCUGACGUUUGCACCAGCUGCGUAUGCAUGGAUAGCGUGAUUAGCUGUUACUCUGAGUCUUGCCCCUCUGUGUCCUGUGAAAGACCUGUUUUGAGGAAAGGCCAGUGUUGUCCCUACUGUCUAGAAGACACAAUUCCAAAGAAGGUGGUGUGUCACUUCAGCGGGAAGACCUAUGCCGAUGAGGAACGAUGGGACAUUGAUAGUUGUACACACUGCUACUGCCUGCAAGGCCAGACCCUCUGCUCCACUGUCAGCUGCCCCCCUCUGCCCUGCACCGAGCCCAUCAAGGUGGAAGGAAGUUGCUGCCCGAUGUGUCCAGAAAUGUAUGUGCCAGAGCCAACCAACGUACCCAUUGAGAAGAAAAAUCAUCGUGGCGAGAUUGACCUGGAAGCUCCCAUGUGGCCCACCCCAAGUGAAAAUGACAUCAUCCAUCUCCCUAGAGAUAUGGGUCACCUCCAGGUAGAUUACAGAGAUAAUAACAGGCUGCAUCCAAGUGAAGACUCAUCCCUGGACUCCGUUGUCUCGGUUGUGGUUCCCAUAAUAAUAUGCCUCUCCAUCAUAAUAGCAUUCCUGCUCAUCAACCAGAAGAAACAGUGGGUACCGCUGCUGUGCUGGUACCGGACACCAACUAAGCCAUCUUCCUUGAAUAAUCAGCUGGUGUCUGUGAGCUGCAAGAAAGGCACUCGAGUCCAAGCUGACGGUUCCCAGACAAUGCUAAGAAUUGCCGAGCCCGAUGCGCGGUUCAGUGGCUUCUACAGCAUGCAAAAACAGAACCAUCUACAGGCAGACAAUUUCUACCAAACGGUGUGAACGUGGGCGGCAGCAUGGAUGAGGUUUCUGAAAGAAAGAAAACGACAAAAAAUCUGCUCUUUAAACUAGAAUUUGUGCACUUGCUUAGUGGAUUGUAUCAGAUUGUGACUUGGGGUCCGGCACUAAGGACCUAACUGGGAUGGGCUCUGUCUACAGCAUUGUGCAGAACAAGCAUUCCCACUUGGCCUCAAGAUAACUGACCACACGUUUUCAUAGAACCAAAGUUUUAAAACUUGCUAAAGUAUAUUUGCUUGUAAGAUAGCUGUAGAGACAUCUGGGGGUGGGACAGAGAGUUUGGUGGGGGAAAUGGGUCGGGAGGGUAGUGUUGGGAAGGGGAAAAAAAAGGUCAGCUUGGCUUGGGGAGAAAGCCAGGAAAAUAAAAAAGCAACUCAUGGCCCAGAGGAAUUUUUUUUUUCCCAUUGCUCUGAAGACUGUGCUUGGGCCUGAAUGAGCAGGAACACAAAAAGCCUUGCAACCCGGCUGCUGUACCACCAAGACAAGAGCAUCCGAACUCUCGAUAGCCCUACCCCAGUCUAUAGCCCAAGUUUCUCUUCUUACGGUCACAACUGCAGGAGGCGGUGAGAAAGCCAGGGAAAUGGAUAGCCACAUUUCUCAAAAGCGGGUUAUUAAGGAUAUAUACAGUUAACUCUUUUUGCUGCUUCUGUUUUUGUUCUUUUGUUUUGUUUUGUUUUGUUUUCCAUGCCAAUCAGCCAGUUCCUAGUAGAGACAGCAGAUGGGUAAGGACGAGGUCACCUCUUAACUUGAGCACUGGAACUUUACUUCCCACGUGGCAGGAAGGAGGGCGAGGGUGAGGACACCAGGCAUCUCCAGGGGCUAUACUUCCCUGCCCGUUGCUUUCUUCUAUUCUGCCGUUUGGUUGUUCAUAGUUUUGUUGAGGCUCUAGCGUAAAGAAGAAACUUUUUUUUUUUUUAAAGACUGUUUGGGAUUUUUUUUUUAUUAUAUACUGAUUCUACAAAAUAGAAACUACUUCAUUUUAAUUGUAUAUUAUUCAAGCACCUUUGUUGAAGCUCAAAAAAAUGAUAAUGAUGCCUCUUUAAACUUUAGCAAUUAUAGGAAUAUUUAUGUAACUAUCUUAUGCUUCAAAAACAAGAGUAUUUGUGUGCAUGUGUAUAUAAUAUAUAUACAUAUAUAUUUAUACACAUA